AUGGCUGUUGAGCAGAGUGCCCAGCUUGCUGGCCCUGGACCGCUCAUUAGACCGAAGCCUUGCCCACUAUCGAAGAAGACUAAACCCUUAGUGUCGUCCCUGGACUCGGAAAAUGCAGCGGCAACUAUGCCGGGCCCUAAAACAUCUGGCAGUGCAAACACAACUCAAAAUGCUGUGAACACGGGGAAGAACAAGUAUCAAGAUUUGAAGACCACCUUUAAGGACGGUGUCAAAGCGAAUCGAAAGGUUUCUAACACUGGUGUAUCCACUUUAAGUCAGACAUGUGUGGGAAGCACUGAUGGGAAAAUCAAAAGAACGUUCACAUCCGAGUCUUCCGCACCAUGUUCAGAGGAAGUGGGAGUAACGAAGUGGGUGAAAAAUGUGGCGUCCAAGUCCCAACUGCAGCCCUCUGCGCCACCAAGUACACGAAGCGCUCAGGCGGUCUCGAACAACAACUCGGAGUGGACAGAAGAUGUUGAUGAACCUGAGACAUUUGACGAGCAAAUGGUUAAAAAUCGGGCUGGGAAAACUGCUAAAGAUGCGUCCAGGGGAAAGAAGUGUGCCUUUUCUGACUUGUUGGAGGAAGAAGAAGAAUGUGAAGUCCGAGAUGAUCCAGAUGCUGAUGAAGGCCCUAAUGUCAAUGAUCCAGUAGAAGAUGUGGACAAUGAUGUCGAGAUGGUAGAUCAGCAACUGCCUGAGGUUGGUACCAAGGCCAACAAAGCAGUGAAAACUCGGCUCACAACCUCUAUGUCAGUUGAUAUUGUUGAGUCAGAUGACUCGAAGCCUGUCAAAACUGAAAGUGCAAAUGGAAAAUGGCAUUCUAAAUUCCUUCCAGCAGUAAUGUACUGGGUUGGAAACUCUAACUAUCCUUGGACCAUCCCCGAUGACAAACUUUCAGACGUCUGCUAUGAUAUUUUCAGCGUAGUGUACAAUGGUGCACCCGGAGAAUUUGAGGCCGACAGCUGGAGUGGUGGGUUUCAUGUGGACUCGCGCUGCGUGUAUGAAGACCCGGACAAUGAGGACUCACCUGGAGCCUUUCUGUCUGAAUUCAUCUUGCGUGUUUUUUCCACCCACCUUAAUGCUAUGCAAGGAUAUGAGAAAAUUGACAUAAUUGACUGUGGCUUACCUGGACACCAAGCUGCGCUUGCACUGGCAACUGCAGCUGCCGAGCGCACACUUAUUUUGGCUCGGGACAAUCUUAUACUACUGGACGACACUUCGGACAAUGACAAGAAACUGCACAAGAUCGCAUUGACGCUUAAUCAAGCCACGAACAAGAUGAGCAAUACCGGUACUGCAUUUUCAUCGGGCAACUGGGAGAUGGACACCAUUGCUUACAUGGAACGAAUUGAUGAACUAUCCCUUGGACGCAUCCUGGAGAUUGUUGCGUGA